GGAGAGAAGGGUAGGAAGGCACUGAGCCAAGAGAGAGAGAGCAGGGAAAAGUUGAGAGAGCCAGAGGGGCAGGCAAAGGGAAGAAGAAACUGGGGCUCUGCUAUUCAGGAAGAAGAGACAGGACCGUCCGAUCCAGCAGCCAUAAGUCACCGGGGAUACUGCAUCAGCACUCCUCCUGUCCAUCCUCUCUCUCUCUCUGACUGGGGCUGCAGCCUGCCUUUCUCUGCAGAGGAAGCGCUGGCUGGUGGAAUCUACUUGAAUCCACCCUGACUGACUGGCUGUGCGCAGUGAUUCUCCUCUGCUCUGCCGUGCGUUUGUCCUCACUGACUCAGCUGUGCUCUGUAGUCAGCCUGCUGGUCCAGCCUCUCGGGAACACAGCCACAGGAAGAGUCCUUCUGACAGGAGUGUUGUGGGGCUGGCAGGCAGACGCACCACAACCAGGACUGGCUAACAACACAGUGGGACGUGGUACCUCGGUUGGGAUCAGAUCAGACACCCAGGCACAACACACAACCAGACCAGUGGGACUCUGGGUUACAUCCACCUGACCACCAGAGGAGUUUUUGACGGGAUAACUCCAGCCCAACGGACCCCGGGCUGGAUCCCACAGCAGGGGGUGUUUUGGACGGGUUCAGACUGCCAUGGACGUCCAGGGGAGUGGGGCUGAGCAGCCCAGGUCCAGGUGUCUGUUCUCCAGCCUGAUCAUCACUCUGCUGCUCAGUGUGUGGUCUGCUCAGGGUCUGGAGAUGUCCACAGGGAAGGUCCCAUUCAUGGAGGCGCUGAACGGAAGUACUGUGCUGCUACCCUGCACCUAUGCCAGCUGUAUCGGCAUCAAAAACCUUUACUUCAACUGGCAGUACAAUGACAACGGCACUAUGCAGAAGGUUUGUGAGUCAGUGAUUCCGUCAGACGGGAUGGAUCCUCAUCCAGUGAGUAUCUACCGGGAGCGGGUGGAGUUUAUCGGCACCAGUGAUCACAACAACAUCUCCAUCCUGCUUUGGAACAUCACCUUUGAGGACGAGGGCCAGUACACCUGCUUCGGACGCAACCCCAAAGAGAAGGGCAAGAACCACAGCGCUAUCUUUACCCUUGUCGUGGUGGACGAGUUACGAGUGGUGGACAACACUCUCACCAUCAUAAUUGCUUCUGCAGUGGGCGGAGCCAUCGCCCUGCUGAUGACUUUCAUGCUGGUGAAGAACUUCAUCCUCUUCGUUCUCUUCAAAAUCGAGGAAAGGAAAAAGAUCGAGUGCCUAGUACAAUCUUCCUCAGCUGAUGAAACAAACAAUGUCUCAGGAUCCAAAACUUCAAAACCACUGACACCAAAGAAGAAAUGAGAGUACUUGCAUGUAUGUACAUCCAUAUAUAAAUAUACAGUUAUAUCUAUGCAUAUACUGUAUUUUUAUGCAUAAACAUGUGUAUUGACAUGUGACUCCAUGGGCAGGUUUCUUGGGCAGGUUUUUUGGACUGAGAAGCACGUCUGAUGGAGAGUCUUCAUUGAAAGUGUUUGUUAGUCCAAUAAGCUUAGGCUGUGUCCGGGAAACCGCCCCCAUACGUUCAAGUUGAUAUAUCUUUUUUUUUAAAUUAAGACCUGAACCUCGGACUGUUUUUCAUAUGAUAUUAAAAAGAAAAUAUAUGCUUAAAACGGGGAAUAAUGCUAUGUAAUAAUGCUAUGUAAUAAUGCUGUUUAAACUGUGCUGCAUCCCGCUCCUAUUUCACCAACCAACUCCACUGCCCUGGGUUCAACUGAAACUGUCUACAACAUCAAAUGUUGUGUUUGUAGAAAAUAUAUGGGAUAUUAUUCACAGUUUAAUUCAAUCUCCAGUGGCAUUAUGCCACUUCAGAUCCAGCUUCAGUCCUAUUGCAUAAUACCAAUGAUUUGCAUCAAGUUUAGUUUAGUGCUGUUUGGAAAAAAAGAUUAACUCUGCUAUUCCAAAAGUAAUUCAUUAACCCUGUUGUAUCAUACACUGCUCAAAAAAAUAAAGGGAACACUUAAACAACACAAUGUAACUCCAAGUCAAUCACACUUCUGUGAAAUCAAACUAUCCACUUAGGAAGCAACACUGAUUGACAAUAAAUUUCACAUGCUGUUGUGCAAAUGGAAUAGACAAAAGGUGGAAAUUAUAGGCAAUUAGCAAGACACCCCCAAUAAAGGAGUGAUUCUGCAGGUGGUGACUACAGACCACUUCUCAGUUGCUAUGCUUCCUGGCUGAUGUUUUGGUCACUUUUGAAUGCUGGCGGUGCUUUCACUCUAGUGGUAGCAUGAGACGGAGUCUACAACCCACACAAGUGGCUCAGGUAGUGCAGCUCAUCCAGGAUGGCACAUCAAUGCGAGCUGUGGCAAGAAGGUUUGCUGUGUCUGUCAGCGUAGUGUCCAGAGCAUGGAGGCGCUACCAGGAGACAGGCCAGUACAUCAGGAGACGUGGAGGAGGCCGUAGGAGGGCAACAACCCAGCAGCAGGACCGCUACCUCCGCCUUUGUGCAAGGAGGAGCACUGCCAGAGCCCUGCAAAAUGACCUCCAGCAGGCCACAAAUGUGCAUGUGUCAGCAUAUGGUCUCACAAGGGCUCUGAGGAUCUCAUCUCGGUACCUAAUGGCAGUCAGGCUUCCUCUGGCGAGCACAUGGAGGGCUGUGCGGCCCCACAAAGAAAUGCCACCCCACACCAUGACUGACCCACCGCCAAACCGGUCAUGCUGGAGGAUGUUGCAGGCAGCAGAACGUUCUCCACGCCGUCUCCAGACUCUGUCACGUCUGUCACAUGUGCUCAUGUGCUCAGUGUGAACCUGCUUUCAUCUGUAAAGAGCACAGGGCGCCAGUGACGAAUUUGCCAAUCUUGGUGUUCUCUGGCAAAUGCCAAAUGUCCUGCACGGUGUUGGGCUGUAAGCAUAACCCCCACCUGUGGACGUCGGGCCCUCAUACCACCCUCAUGGAGUCUGUUUCUGACCAUUUGAGCAGACACAUGCACAUUUGUGGCCUGCUGGAGGUCAUUUUGCAGGGCUCUGGCAGUGCUCCUCCUUGCACAAAGGCGGAGGUAGUGGUCCUGCUGCUGGGUUGUUGCCCUCCUACGGCCUCCUCCACGUCUCCUGAUGUACUGGCCUGUCUCCUGGUAGCGCCUCCAUGCUCUGGACACUACGCUGACAGACACAGCAAACCUUCUUGCCACAGCUCGCAUUGAUGUGCCAUCCUGGAUGAGCUGCACUACCUGAGCCACUUGUGUGGGUUGUAGACUCCAUCUCAUGCUACCACUAGAGUGAAAGCACCGCCAGCAUUCAAAAGUGACCAAAACAUCAGCCAGGAAGCAUAGGAACUGAGAAGUGGUCUGUGGUCACCACCUGCAGAAUCACUCCUUUAUUGGGGGUGUCUUGCUAAUUGCCUAUAAUUUCCACCUUUUGUCUAUUCCAUUUGCACAACAGCAUGUGAAAUUUAUUGUCAAUCAGUGUUGCUUCCUAAGUGGACAGUUUGAUUUCACAGAAGUGUGAUUGACUUGGAGUUACAUUGUGUUGUUUAAGUGUUCCCUUUGUUUUUUUGAGCAGUGUAUUUAGAAACUAGGGUCUCUAAAGGGUUUUGCUCCGGUGAGGAGUGAGAAAGGAUCCAGUUCAGAACAUAAUACAUUUUCUUUGCUUGAUAUAAAACACUGGUGCCUGUUAGCGCUUCUAUCUUCCUCUGCUGGUAGGAAGACUAAAUACUGCAAAACCAUUUACCAAAUGCAGCAAAACGCAAAGGAAUAAUACUACAAGCUGAUGAAUGAAAUGAUAGACAAUGGUUUAACCAACCCCCUAGAAAAAGGAAUAAACCUCAAAUAAUGCUGCUUUUAAGAAAAAGAACCUUAAUGCGUUUAUGAGCAUGUGAAACCCCAAGGCAGAUGUAGAGACACAAUGCUUGACAAUAGAAAUGUACUCUCUCGUGUUCUUUUCUGGAAUACCAGAUUUAACCACAUGUAAUGGGUUUAGUUCUGCUUUGAAGCUGGUUCCAAAUCCGCUCAUAUCAUGCCAACCCUCACCACAUCCAGUGGUUGGCAAGGCUAUGCACUGUAAACUAUUAGGUAGUGGGUUCACUGGCUUGAACAUGAAUUUGUAUCCGACAGAAACACACCCCACAUUCCUAUUGUAUGUCCACUUACAAAUAUCUGUCUCUUUGUUGUUCUGAACACAUUUACACAGACCAAUGUUUUUACACACUGCAAUAAGUACUCACGUGCUGCAGCGCAGCGGAAUUUAUGAUGGUUCAUUCAUGGCUCAUGAUUCAACACAAAUUCACCAUGUGCGGAAAACAGAUAUCCCUCAUCUACAGUCAUUACGGAUACCUCCACUAACUACACCAUAAAGAGAUGCAUGGGGCAGCAGUUAUGUUGCAGGUAGAGUGAUAGACGGGGACAGAUCUUUACUGGACAGUGUAGAAUAGACACACGACUAAUAUCCCAUAUUCAGACCAUUUAUUGUGCCAAACUGGGAUAACCCUGAGAAACCCACAUCUGAUCAGGAAUGGACUCCUUUCAUGGGGUUCCUAAGUUACUAUGGAAAUCAAUCGCUAUUGAACUGCUAUGGCAUAUAUCCAAUAGUGGCACGUUUAAGACGCUGAAUGUCUUGUUUUCAAAAUACCUCCAGUGUGUGGGAAGACAUGCGUGUUCAGGGGAGAACUUCAUGUCUAUGUCCAUUGUCUAGGACCCUGCUGCAUGUCAUUGUAUAAACAUAAUAUACCUCCCUCAAUCACUGAAGCAGUUUCUGAUAUGGACAAGCCCCAGUAUUGCUGUUCCCAUAGCAUAGCCCUUCAAAUAAAUGCACUGGCUUGUUGCAAUAGCAGGAGGGUCUUUUGGGAACUUUACCUUAGAGAUGUAGAUUUACUUUAGAGAUAUCUUGACAUGUAUGUAAACCCCAGAGAUGUGGAGCGGUGAGUGAAUUAACCUAAAUAGCUGUAUAUUUAACAUGAGGGUAAAGUUGAAUGACCUCAGGUGUCUUAGAUGAGAACAGAUAGACGGCACGGUUAGAUCAGACAGUAGUAAAUGUACCAUCUCUGGUAGGACACAGAUUUGAGCUUGUGGCACUGAAUCCCUGGCUGACUCACACUCCUAAGAGAACAGUGAUACUAUGCAAACACCACUACUGAGCAGAAGACAUGCAUGUACUGUAGGACAGACUGCUCCAGUUCUCCCAAUGGGAUCUGCUUUCACAACGCUGCCCAGACAUUACAGCACAUGACUAUAGCUACUGCAGGAUUCCAAUACACCAUUGAGUUUUUACUGUGAUGUGAGCAAUAAAAAUGACAAGAGCAACAGUAAUCAAAGUAGGUUAUGGGAAAUGGAGUUGUGAUGAGCUGAUCUAUGGAAGAUGAGGAACAGGUUUAUAGUGCACAGGUUUCCAUGGCUCAUCUAUUCAGCAUAAAGGUCUGUGGGAUGUACUGCAGUGUGAGAAAUCCUUGAAAGGAAGAACCUGUGGAGAUAUGCAAUAUAGUAUGUAAUUUAAAGGGGCAACAAGAUUUUAGCCAUAAAUUACAUUUCUUUGUGGUUUUAUAAGGAGACUGCUUAGAAGCGCUUAAAAAUGGCUUAGUACAGCUUAUCACAAUCCGAAAAGGAUUGUUGCCAGGACGUGAAUGCGUUCUGUAUUGCUAAUGUUUUUGCUAUUGUCAACCUCACAAACGAGAAACAAUCGUGAUACAGGAAGUUGUACAAAACUAAUUUGCAGCUUCACGCAGAAUUCUAAUAAGUAGGUUUUAUUCUGAAUUUCUAUUCCGUUGCUACUACAGGCAUGUAAUUGACAUUGGGCGCUAGUUGCGGGUGGAAAUUUUACAUGUAUAACCUCUUAACGUACUUAAAGCAUAACUGUGAAAGUGACUCACAUGUCCUGUUGAAAUGCCCUUACACAGUACUGUAGCAGUACCAACUGUCUUCCCUGUACGCUGACAACUGUACUGAAAAGAACUGGAUGGAUGAAGCAAUAUGAAUGUUCAAUCUUUGUAGUUUGGAAAUUGAGAAACUGUUGUACCACGUUGUAGUAGCAGAGUUGCUGAAAUAGUGACCUCUGUCAUCCAUUAUUGCACUUUUGACAACAGAAUGUUUGUGAAUCUAUAAUGUCGCCAGACAUUACUGACACCUUGGUCCCACAUUGCUAUUCCAACUAACACAAAUGUACAUUCAUUUCCCUUUACUCCCUCUCAAAUGAUGCCCCCCAUGUAAUCUCUCCACCAUGCAUAUCAGCUAUAUUCUUUAUUAUAAAAGCCACCAGAAUCCAAUAAACGUUUAAAUAAAA